AUGUCGCUCGCGCUGCUGAAAGAAGCCCAGUCAAGGUCAUGCUUGCUGUCCCUGGGCCAUGGGCUUCGCGCUGUGCGCACACGGAGCUUUGCGACUGCUGCCGGACGGGUUGCCCUGAGCCCAUUAGAGCUGUAUAACACACUCGACUACGAAUCACAACUCCAAUCCCUCCGCGACGUCCGACGCUCGGCCAAACGACCCCUGACCCUCUCCGAGAAGGUCCUGUACAGCCAUCUGAUCCCGGGCGAAGAUGGCUGGUCUCUCGAGGAUAUCAGGCGGGGCAGGACGAUACUGCGCCUGCGGCCGGACCGGGUCGCCUGCCACGACGCCACGGCGACCAUGGCUCUCCUGCAGUUCAUCAGCGCCGGCCUCCCGCGCGUCCGGGUGCCGACCUCGGUGCACAGCGACCACCUGAUCGUGGCCGAAGUGGGAGCCGAGGCGGACCUCGCGCGGGCGGCCAGGGACCACAGGGAGGUCUACGACUUCCUCGGCAGCGCGGCGAGGAAAUACGGCAUCGGGUACUGGAAGCCCGGGGCGGGCAUCAUCCACACGACCGUCUUCGAGAACUACGCGUUCCCCGGCGGCCUCAUCAUCGGCACCGACUCGCACACGCCCAACGCCGGGGGCAUGGGCAUGCUGGGCGUCGGCGUGGGCGGUGCCGACGCCGUCGACGCCAUGUCCGGCAUGCCGUGGGAGCUGCCGUGUCCCGAGAUCGUGGGCGUCCGGCUGACCGGCGAGCUUCGGGGAUGGAGCUCGUCCAAGGACAUCAUCUGCAAGCUGGCGGGCAUCCUGACCGUGUCCGGGGGCAAGGGCAAGAUCAUCGAGUUCUUCGGCCCCGGCACCGACACGCUGGGGGCGACGGCCAUGGCGACGGUCUGCAACAUGUCUGCCGAGAUCGGCUCUACGUCGUGUGUGUUUCCCUACUCCGGGGCCAUGUCGAGAUACCUGUCAGCGACGAAACGCGCAGACAUCGCGGCAUACGCCGACAUCUACAAGCAGGAGCUUCUCGUGGCAGACGCGGGCAGUGACGUACACUACGACGAUGUCAUCGAGAUCGACCUGUCAACGCUCGAGCCUCACAUCAACGGCCCCUUCACCCCGGACCUGGCCCAUCCGCUGUCCAAGUUCAAGCAGCGAGUGGAGGAGAACUCGUGGCCUUCGGGACUGAGCUGCAGCAUGGUGGGGAGCUGCACCAACAGCUCGUACGAAGACCUCGAAAAGGUCCGGCAUCUCGUCGUCCAGGCGCGGGAGGCCGGCUUGCGGAGGACCAAGACGCCCUUCCUAGUCAGCCCCGGCAGCGAACAGAUCCGCGCGACGGCCGAGGCGGCGGGGAUCCUCGACACCCUGCGGCAGGCCGGCGCCACCGUCCUCAGCAACUCGUGCGGGCCUUGUGUCGGGCAAUGGGACCGCAGGGACGUCGACGUCGCCGGGGCCGAGAGGAACUCGGUCGUGUCGAGCUUCAACAGGAACUUCACCGGCCGCCACGACGGCAACCCGGCGACGCACUCUUUCGUCACCUCGCCGGAGCUCGCUGUCGCUUUCGCAUUCGCCGGUAGACUCACCUUCAACCCGGUCACCGAUGCCAUCCCUGUACCUCUUGGCAGUACCCCUGGCGAGUCUGCUGCUACUGCUACUACUACCCCUUUCCGGUUCUCCCCACCAGAGGCUGAUGAACUCCCCACCGUCUUCUCCCCCGGAGCCGACCGCUUCCAGCCCCCGGUCAUGUCCGACACGUCGGAUCUGAAGGUCAGCAUCCGCCCGGGCAGCGACAGGCUCCAGCUCCUGACGCCCUUCGAGCCCUGGAAGGCCGGACGGACCAACGACAUGAGCAUCCUGGUCAAGGUCCGCGGCAAGUGCACGACGGACCACAUCUCCCCGGCCGGCCCGUGGUACAAGUACCGCGGGCACCUCGAGAACAUCAGCAACAACACGCUCCUCGGCGCCACCAACGCCUUCCUCCCCGACGCCGGUUCGCUGCGGAUGAUCGGGAGGGCCAGGGACCCCGUCGACGGGCGGAUCAAGCCGGUGCCCGAGGCGGCGCGCAGCAUCCGGGCCACGGGCGCCGGGUGGUGCAUCGUCGGCGACGCCAACUACGGCGAGGGCAGCUCGCGCGAGCACGCGGCCCUCGCGCCGCGGCACCUGGGCUGCGUCGCCGUCGUCGCCCGGAGCUUCGCGCGCAUCCACGAGGCGAACCUCAAGAAGCAGGGCGUGCUGCCCCUCACGUUCGGCGACCCGGCCGACUACGCGCGCAUCGGGGACGGCGACCGCGUCUCGCUGGUGGGCGUCGAGGACGGGGAGCUGCGGCCCGGGAGCCCGGUCGUCAUGGAGGUUGUCGUCGCGAGGAGCGGCGCGCGGUGGAGGGCGGCGCUGGAGCACUCUUUCGAGGAGAACCAGAUCGAGUGGCUGAGGGCGGGCAGCGCGUUGAACUACAUCAAGCGAGCUGCUGCUGCCGCCCUUGGACCGGGAGCGUGA